UGCUGGUCGGGCGCUUUCAUCUCCUCUGAGCUGGAGCGGGGCGGGGUUGGGCAUGGACCGUCCUGUGGGGCUGGGGCUGGAGCCUUCUUCCCGAGUCCGGGGCCAAGGCUUUCUCCCCCAGAGCGGGAGUGGAGGCUGGACCCCUCUGACCAAAGCCAAGGUUCGGCCGGUCCUCCUGUGACCAGGCUGCAGCUGCCCCGCUUCCUCGCCGCCUCCAAACCUGGCCCAAGCUGAAGGUUCUGGCCAUACACCCACACUGAGACUGGGCUCUGGUCCUGUGGCCACAGCUCAGCGCUCUGUCCGCCACCUCCCCCUGGGCCCACCUGCCCCUUCUCCCCAAAGCCACUUCCUUGGGCGCUAGAACCUGCAAGACUUCAGCCUCUUGCCUCCCCCCCUGGGAGCGGUUCCUGCGCUUCCUACAGCCCUUGCCCCUCGGCAGCUGUGCCCCCUGAUCUGUCUCCUGGGGCCUCCUCCCUCCCUAACGGAGCAGUUGGAGCAGAUAGCCAGGCUGCCCGGAAGACUAUUUGGUGGGGUUUCUGCACUAAGGCGGAAACCCAGCAAAAUUUGCCCUUUCUCUACAGUCCCACGAGGCGGCUCCCCAGUUCCCCCCUCAGAUCCCAGGUUUGGCGAAUCCUGCUGAGAGUGAGCAGUAGGAGGAUUUUCGAAAGCUUCCAGCUUACCACCUGGAAGACGGUCACUUUAUUUUGAGCAAAGGAGAUAAUAGGAGGCAGGCCCCUGCAGGAGUCUUGGAGGGUCGGAUGCAGCGCCGGAUGAGGAUGAGGCGUGGCGGAAGAUGCGUUUGGCUCUGCAGACACUGCAUCGGGCAGCAGGGGACUCUGGGAGGCUGGUGCAGCCAGAAGGCAUGGCUCUUGACAGCCUUCUAGUAGAAUCUCUGGAAUUGUGCAUGUCCCCCUCACCUCCAGCCAGUCUAUACAGACUUGCUGCCUGCUAUGUCACCGGGAACGCAAAGGCUGGGAAGAAGGCCCUUCACAAAACGGACUGGUGUUGCAGGGUGAAAAGCUACCCCCUGACUUCAUGCCAAAGCUCGUCAAGAAUCUCCUAGGCGAGAUGCCUCUAUGGGUCUGCCAGAGUUGCCGAAAGAGCAUGGAGGAAGAUGAAAGGCAGACAGGUCGAGAACAUGCAGUGGCGAUCUCCUUGUCACACACAUCCUGUAAAUCACAGUCUUGUGGGGGUGAUUCUCAUUCCUCCUCGUCUUCCUCUUCAUCAUCCUCAUCAUCCUCCUCCUCCUCCUGCCAUGGGAACUCAGGGGACUGGGAUCCCAGCUCAUUCCUGUCGGCACAUAAGCUCUCGGGCCUCUGGAACUCCCCACACUCCAGUGGGGCCUUGCCCGGCAGCUCGCUCGGGAGCCCUCCUGCCAUCCCCGGUGAGGCUUUCCCCAUCUCGGAGCACCACCAGCACUCAGACCUCACUGCUCCCCCUAACAGCCCCACUGGCCACCACCCCCAGCCAGCAUCUCUUAUCCCUUCUCACCCUGGCUCCUUCAGCUCACCUCCCCACCCACACCUGAUGCCUACUACCCCAGCAGCACCUUUCCCCACCCAGGCUUCAGAGUACCCUGUGGCUGCUGCUGCCACUGCUCCCCACCCUCCAGGGACAUGUCAGAGCCCCCACCUGCCCUCCACCAGCAUGCCGCUCCUGAAGAUGCCUCCACCAUUCUCAGGAUGCAGCCACCCCUGCAGUGGGCACUGCAGCGGGCACUGCAGCGGGCCUCUCCUCCCACCACCGAGCUCUCAGCCACUCCCUAGCACUCACAGGGACCCCGGGUGCAAGGGGCACAAGUUUGCACACAGCGGCCUGGGCUGCCCACUGCCCCAGCCCUGCGAGGCAGACGAGGGGCUGGGUGAGGAAGAGGACAGCAGCUCUGAGCGCAGCUCCUGCACCUCAACUUCCACCCACCAGAGAGAUGGGAAGUUCUGCGACUGCUGCUACUGUGAGUUCUUCGGCCACAAUGCGCCACCCGCUGCCCCGACGAGUCGGAAUUAUACCGAGAUCCGGGAGAAGCUCCGCUCAAGGCUGACCAGGCGGAAAGAGGAGCUGCCUAUGAAGGGGGGCACCCUGGGCGGGAUCCCUGGGGAGCCCGCCGUGGACCACCGAGAUGUGGAUGAGCUGCUGGAAUUCAUCAACAGCACGGAGCCCAAAGUCCCCAACAGCGCCAGGGCCGCCAAGCGGGCCCGGCACAAGCUGAAAAAGAAGGAAAAAGAGAAGGCCCAGUUGGCAGCAGAAGCUCUGAAGCAGGGGAAUCGUGUUUCUGGAAGCCAGGAGCCAAGGCCUGCCAGGGAGAGGCUGUUGGAGUGGCCUGACCAGGAACUGGAUCGGGUCAACAGCUUUCUGAGCAGCCGGCUGCAAGAGAUCAAGAACACUGUCAAGGACUCUAUCCGCGCCAGCUUCAGCAUGUGUGAGCUCAGCAUGGACAGCAAUGGCUUCUCUAAGGAGGUAGCUGCCGAGCCUGAGCCCCAGACUUUACCCCCCUCAAACCUCAAUGGCUCCUCAGAGCAACGGCCUGACAUCAACCUUGACCUGUCCCCUUUGACUUUGGGCUCCUCCCAGGGCCACACAUUACAAGCUACAGGUGAGCCAGCCCCACCGUGGGCAGAAAUGAGAGGCCCCCACCCACCAUGGACAGAGGUGAGGGGUCCUCCUCCUGGUAUCACCCCUGAAAAUGGGCUAGUGAGGAGACUCAACACUGUGCCCAACCUGUCCCGGGUGAUUUGGGUCAAGACACCCAAGCCAGGCAAUCCUAACUCUGAGGAGCCAAGUUCAAAGGAAAUCCCAAGUUGCAAACAGGAGCUGUCUGAGCCUGUGGCUGCAAGUGGAAAGUCACGGAAGGGCAAGAGACAGGGCAGUCAGGCCAAGAAGAGCGAAGUGAGCCUGGCCCCCCGGCCCCCAACCAGCAUAGAGGCCCCCAGUACCAAGAGCCAGAUGUCUGGUCCCAAGCAGCUAGGUAAGGGCCCAGAGCCUCCCAAAGUGGGCAGCUGCUCCGAAGCUGAAGGGUUAAGCCGGCCAGGACCAGGUUGGGCUGAUAGCUCCAAAACUGAGAAGGAGAAGGGCAGCUCCUGGAGGAACUGGCCAGCUGAGGCCAAGGCACGGCCUCCAGAGCAGGAGUCUGUGCAGCCCCCAGGCCCAGCGAGGCCACAGAGCAUGCCCCAGGGCAAGGGCCGCAGUCGCCGGAGUCGCAACAAGCAGGAGAAGUCAGCCGCCUCGUUGGACGAUGUAUUCCUGCCCAAGGACAUGGAUGGGGUGGAGAUGGAUGAGACUGACCGCGAGGUGGAGUAUUUCAAGAGGUUCUGUUUGGAUUCUGCAAAGCAAACUCGUCAGAAAGUUGCUGUGAAUUGGACCAACUUCAGCCUCAAGAAAACCACUCCCAGCACAGCUCAGUAAGGUCAAGCUUCAUCAGGGCAUCCUGAGACCCCAACUGCCAGCUGAAAGUACAGGUUCUCCUUCCAUGUGUCCUGACCACCUGCCCUGACCCUUGCUGCUCCUUCCAUCCUGGACCAACCAAAAGCUGAAUGGAUGUCACGCUGUGCAGGGGUCCUUCAGACCUUCUGCUGAGCUGCUUCCUGGUGCUAUGCAGCCUCCAUAUUUAGAGACUGGGGACUUGGCUGGCCUAUGGGCCAGGGGCUGAUGGUACUGCUGGCCCAACACUGCUCUUUGUGUUCAGUUUUAUUGUUUUUAUUUUUAUUUUUUUCAAUUCUUUUGAUACUGUGAAGAUCUUUCAUGCUGAAAGAUAAAGCAACAUUUGAACACAGA